GCGUCUUUCUGCUUCUUCACGUUUCAAGAGAAAAAAACAUGGCUGAGUUUAUCAUCGACGAUCAGAAGCUGGAGGCCCUCAAGGGCAAGGUUGUCAUCGUAACAGGAGGAUCUUCCGGUAUUGGUUUAUCCACUGUUGACUUGCUUUUGUCGCUUGGCGCCUCGGUAGUCAGUGGCGAUGUGCAUCCUCCCCCGGAGGAGCACAAGGGAUCAUUUACUUUUGUCAAGACCGAUGUUUCGGUCUGGGGUGAUUUAAUUGCUCUUUUCAAGAAGGCUAAGGAGGUUUAUGGUCGUAUUGACCAUGUUUUCGCGAAUGCUGGUAUUGGACCGAGAACGGAUUACUUGGCCACUGAGGUCGAUGAGAAUGGUGACUUGAAGGAGCCUUCACACCAACUCCUUGACAUUAGCUUGAAGGGAGUCAUCAACACUUCGACACUAGCUAUCAACUAUCUGAGACAACAACCUGAGGGAGGUAGCAUUCUCAUCAGUGGCUCGACAACUGGUCUGCAACGCGUCAGAGCUGUGGAUUACUCCACCGCCAAACAUGGUGUCCUGGGCUGGGGACGCGGUCUCGUCCCCCUGCUCGCCGCUGCUCAACUUCCUAUCCGCGUUAAUACACUAGCACCUAGCUGGACAGACAGCAGUGUCUUGCCGUCGCUGAAGGCUCUUCUUGACGCCAUCAACGUUGAGCUUCAGCCCGCUUCUGUUGUCGCUCGUUGCGCCGCUUUCCUUAUGGCUGAUUCUUCAAAGAAUGGACAGCUUGUGCAUAUUGAGCGUGGCAAGUACGCUGAGAUUGAUGAGGCUGUUUUGUUGCCGACUUUUGGAAAGAUUAAGAGCGAUGAUUAUCCGUGGGAGGACGAUGUUUUGGACCGUCUCUCAAAGCUUGGUUAGAGUAUGUCGUGGUUGCUUUGGUUAUUGUAAAGCAUGUUGAAUCAAUUUAUUACACCGAAGGCGGCCACAGUUGCCAAGUAUGAAAAGUGAAUUAAGCUCAAGAAUCCUCAGAUCUUGCCUUGUUUCCGGUAUUCAUCCACACGAUUCAAGAUUUCUUGGCAAUCGCCCCAGAUUCUGCGCCGAUUCUGUAGUCCAAGCAAUGUUUUCCAGUUCUUCGACACCUCCACUUGAACACGUAGCCAGUCUGUUUCACCUUUGCUGAGUAGC